AUGAGCUAUCUUUCGACUAAGCGAUGCUUGAAGCCCUACCAACAGAAUAAGCAUCUUGCCCAGGUAACGGAGAAAGUUCCGUCCCAGCCUCGCUCCGCAGUAAGUGACGAGACGGACACUGGAACUCAGAACCGACCCAACAGCCGACAGGACUUCAGAAUCGCCAUCAUUUGCGCACUUUCACAUGAAGCUGACGCUAUCGAAGCCCUUUUUGACACUCACUGGGACGAGAACGGCCCACCUUAUGAUAAAGCGCCACAAGACCCAAAUGCAUACUCUACCGGGUCUAUCGGCCGUCACAAUGUGGUGCUUGCCCAUAUGCCGGGUAUGGGGAAAGCAAAUGCGACCCGUGUUGCAACCUUUUGUCGCGUCAGUUUUCCCAACAUCACCUUAGCACUAAUUGUUGGCAUAUGCGGUGCGGCGCCUUUUAUACCGGGCGGCGGGGAUGAGAUUGUGCUGGGAGAUGUAAUCAUCAGCGAUGGCAUAGUUCAGUACGACUAUGGAAGACGUCUUCCUGAACGCUUCAUCCCCAAAGACACUCUCCUCGACUCUUUGGGGAGGCCAAACACAGAGAUUCGCUCACUACUUGCAAAACUGAAGAGCAUAUACAGCAAAGAGGCGCUGCGGAAGAAGACAAUAGCCUACGUCGACGAACUACGGAAAAUACCAGAGCUGAAAGCUGAUUAUCCAGGCGUCGACAAUGAUUUUCUCUUCGAGCCAACUUUUCAUCACCUUGGGGGCGGGAAGACGUGCGCAGAGUCCAGCUGCAACGGUGAGCUGGUCAGGCGCCUUCGCCUUGAUACGGCUUCGCCAGAGCUAAAGGUUCAUUUUGGCUUGAUUGCAUCUGGUGAUACCGUGAUGAAGGCCGGCGACCAGCGGGACGAAAUAGCUCAACAGCAAAGCGUGAUUGGAUUCGAGAUGGAGGGCGCUGGGGUAUGGGAAAGCUUCCCUUGUGUGGUUAUCAAGGGAGUCUGCGACUAUGCUGAUAGUCACAAGACGAAGCUUUGGCAGAGCUACGCGGCAGUGACAGCAGCAGCAUGCGCAAAAGCUUUCUUGAGUUAUUGGGCGCCGCACCAAGAAAUGUCCCACCAAGGAAAACCCUACGAAUAA